AGCAGAUUUGGCCUCAUCGGGAGCGAUCGGAAGGGAGGCGCUGGGGUCACCCGGGGGCGCGGGCACAGCCCCGCCGGGGGAGCGGUCCGUGGGAGACGGCAGUCGGGACCCCCGCCCUGAAAUCCCCUCGCCGGAGUCGCCUGGGGUGGGGCCCUCCGCAGGUGGGUGCUCUUAGGGCUCCUUUGAGGGGGUCUCCAUUGUCCCCAAUCCAGCCGGGAAAAGGGUCCCCCGGGAGCCCUUCUGCCCGAAGGGUUGCCAAAGUAUCGGGGGGGGGGGAGCGCUGCUGCAGCAAUUCACCGGACAGAUGCCCAGCUGGUGCCAGCGAAGAUGACCCCGGAAGAGGAGGGCCCCCCCGGAGGGGAGGCGGAUGGGGACCGAGCCUGCGAGUCCCCCUUCCCGAGGCACCCCUUCCAGAGUGGCAGCCUGCAGAAGGGCUGCGAUUCCUUGGCCCAGUCGCAACGCACAAAGUUGCAACACCGCCGUGCACGCAUCAACCAGCAGAUCAACAAAGAAAUGAGGAUGAGAACCGGUGCAGAGAACCUUUUCAGGGCCACUAGUAACCACAAAGUAAAAGAAACGGUUGCUUUGGAACUCAGCUAUGUCAACUCCAACCUGCAGCUGCUAAAGGAAGAAUUGGAAGAGUUGAACAGUUGCAUGGAAGUCUAUCAGAAUGACAGUGACUCCAUUAGCGUCCCCAUGAUUCCACUGGGGCUCAAGGAGACCAAAGACCUGGACUGGGCAGGUCCCCUAAAGGCCAUGAUUAGGGAGCACUACGGCGAGGACGAAGACUCGUACAAGGCGGAGCUGAAAACCCUUGUGGAUUUGCGGCAGGCCAUGCGGACUCCUAGCCGGAACAAGGCGGGGCUUGAACUGCUGAUGGAAUAUUACAGCCAACUCUACUUCCUCGACAACCGUUUCUUCUCUCCCAAUAAGAACCUGGGACUCUUCUUCCAUUGGUAUGAUUCGCUCACAGGAGUGCCUUCUCACCAGCGGGCCCUGGCUUUUGAGAAAGGGAGCGUGCUUUUUAAUAUCGGGGCUUUGCACACUCAGAUCGGGGCACGCCAGGACCGUACCUCCUUGCAAGGCGUGGAUUGUGCCAUUGAAGCGUUCCAGAAGGCAUCUGGAGCAUUCAACUACCUGAAGGAGAACUUCUCCAAUGCCCCCAGUCUCGACAUGAGCAGCCCCUCCCUCAACAUGCUGGUGCGGCUGAUGAUCGCCCAGGUGCAGGAAUGUGUCUUCGAGAAGGUCCUCCUACUCAGAGUCCAGAGUGACUUCCUCACCUAUCUGCAGCUUGCCCAGGAAGCAGCCCGGGUGGAAGAGGUCUACUCUUUGGUGCACCAGACCGUGGCCCAACCCCACGUCAAAGACUACGUCCCUUUCUCCUGGGCCUCCAUGGUGCGUGUCAAAGCUGAACACUUCAAGGCCCUCUCACACUAUUACGCUGCUGUUGCACUUUGUGACUGCCCAUCCACGUCUGAGGUGGAUUUUCCAGAGCAUGAAAAAGCUUUCCUCCAAUUUCACGUCUCCACGCCUGAAGGACCUGCUCUGCGCUUGCUUUUGCAGGACCAGGAAGAGCGCCGACGACUGGGGAAAGCUCACUUAAAAAAAGCCAUAAUAGAGCACGAGGAGGCCAUGAGGAUCCACAGCUUGUGCAAGAUCUUGAGGAAGAUGGAUAUCCUGCAGGAGGUCCUCUCGUUUGCCCACAAACGUUCCCUCAGCAAAUACUCCGAAAUUGACCAUGAGGAAGAUUUCUUUGAAACAGCAGAGGCUCCCGACAUCCAUCCCAAAACACAUCAGAGACCUGAAAUCAAAUCUCCCAACUUCUCCAAGGUGAAGGUUACAGACAUCUUUCAUAGGCUGGGACCACUUUCAGUUUUCUCUGCCAAGAAUAAGUGGCAUCCCCCACGGAUGGUGCACUUGGUCCGUGGAGCAAAUGGCUUUGGAUUCACCCUCCGAGGUGAUUCCCCGGUCCUGGUCGCUGGGAUCAUCUCUGGUGGGUGUGCAGCGGAAGCUGGUCUGAAAGAAGGGGACUACAUUGUCUCCAUUGAUGGCCAAGACUGCAGGUGGUCCAGACACGCAGAAGUGGUGCAGUUGCUGAAGGUGGCUGGAGAGGAGGGGGUGAAGGUGGCCGUGAUCACCCUGUUGCCCACAGAAGGACUCAGUGCGAAGGUGGACAAGAAGCCGACCACCAUGGCCUCCGGGGCAGGGGCCCUCUUGAAAAGCGACAAAGAGAACAACCGCAAGACGCCGCUGCCGAGCAAGGGAGCUGGGGCCCUCCUCGCCUGGGGAAGGAAGAGCAAGCGCAGCAAAAGCUGCAGCAGCGCUGCCCUCCCCUUCACCGCCGUGGGGGAUAACAAACUGGCCCGCUGA